UAUAAAAUUGAUAUUUUAUUUUAACAAAAAUGUGCUUCUUGGGAUUUGAAACGCUGAGAUUUCUAACAGUCAUAUUCGCAUUUCUGCUCGCAAUUUGCAAUAUUACUAGCAUAUGCGUAUCGCUUAAUAAUCUCGAUAAUUGCAGCAACAAAGUCCAGAUGAUUCUGACCACAUCACUAGGCUUUGACUUCUUUGUUAACUUGGCCAUUUGCUUGGGCAUCUUUGGUGUUCUUCGUAAAAUUGUUACCUGCAUUUAUGUGUUUAUAUGCACCUUGAUUUGCUUCUUUGUGGUCAAGAUAAUUGUUGCCAAAGCAAUUGUUAAUUUUGAUGAGAAGGAUAUUGAACAGAUAGUUACUGUUUGGUAUCAAUUCGACGUGGUCUUUGCCGGCUUCUGUCUGAUGUGUGCAACGCCAUUAUCAUUGAAGCUGGCUGAAAAACAAACUGAUGUGGUUUAAAUGGUGAAUGCGGUAUUUUUAAAUUAAUUGUAACGGGUAUCUGAAUGUGCAGAUAUCUUAUUAAACUUGCAGUCGAUUAACAGCUGUAAUCCUUA